AAAGCUGUUUUCCAGUUACCGUGGACCAGUACCACUUCUACUUCGAUAUCAGCGCGAUGGAGAAGGGCGAGCAGAUGCUGAAAGCCGAGUUCAGGGUCUUCAAGCUGAAGAGGACGCAUGUGUCUAGAAGGUCUGAUGUGAAACACUUUUGCAAAGUGGAAGUGUAUGAGCUCUUGGAGAGAGGAAGUAAGCCACAAAAAAAACAUCUUAUUACAUCCAGAUUAUUGUCCCUGUACACAGAAGGCUGGGAAGUAUUCAACGUCACGCAGACAGUUUCCAAGUGGGUUGGAAACAGCAGCUCCAACCAUGGCUUUUUGCUAACUACAACACAUGUAUUCAACAACAGAAUUGAGCACAACCUGGUUAAGUUUGCUAAGAGCCAGGGCACUUUGCAGGAGAGUAGAAAUGCUCUCCUUGUCCUCUUCACCAACAGUAACAAACGAAGGUCUGCCAGCUUUGUACCAUCUUCCACAAAACCAGAGAUGAACCCUGCCAAAAAUGAUGCUUCACGCGUGCCUCGUGAAACUCGGAUCAUCGAAAGCAGCAAUGCAAACGUGAGCAGGAGACCUCGAGCUGCUGCAGUCCCUUCUGCCAAAAACCAAGUAACAGCAUGUCAUCGAAGGGAACUCUACGUUGAUUUCCGUGCUAUUGGCUGGUCAGGAUGGAUUAUUUACCCAAGUGGAUACAAUGCAUUUUAUUGCAGAGGAUCCUGUCUCUUCCCCUUGGGGGAAAGUCUAAAUGCAACAAACCAUGCUACAGUUCAGUCCAUAGUCCACACACUUAAACUAUCUCAAGAUGUCAGCACGCCCUGCUGUGUGCCAGAUGAAUUGAAAUCCCUCAAUCUUCUCUACUUUGAUGACAAAGAGAACGUGGUCCUUAAAAAUUAUAAAGACAUGGUGGCAACGAGGUGUGGUUGUCAUUAG